CUGAAACCACCAUUUUCUCAAAGCUCUCUCACUUCUUUAAAUCUCUCUAGUUCCCAAAAAAUCAUUCAAGUCCCUAGAUUCUGUUGCAUGGGUGAACCCAGUUAGGCAAUUCGAACAUUCAUUUCAGAUUUUCAGGUUUUGUUCAAGAUAAAUUGUUAUAAAAGAGAAGGCAAUGGGCACAGUACAUGAAAAACUAGAUGAAGCCAUGGCUGAGAUUGAGAAGCUCAGGGCAGAGUAUAAAAUCAAAGCAGAAUCAUCUGAGAAUUUCAAAAGAGCUUACAAUGAGCAAUUGUCCAAGAUUAGGGAUGCAAAUUCUAAAGUGGAUAAGCUCACCCUGGAGUUGAGCCUGAAAGAAGAUGAACUGUCUGUUGCAAAGCAGGCAUAUGAAGAACUGAAGUCAAAUCUGAAAGACAAAGAAGCUGCCAUCAAGUCUCUAAGAUCAGCAAACGAUAGGCUCCACGCUGAUUCUGCCGAGAAGCUGAAGAAAUUCGAAGACGAGAACAGAAGCAUGGCAGUGGCGUUAGACGAGACAAAUGCAGCAAACGUGGAGCAAGAGCAGCAGAUACAGACACUCAGGAAUGAAAUCGAUAGGCUGAGGAAAUUGGCAAUGGCGUCGCAGAAAAUGUCCUGUGAAGUCGAGAAAAGAACGAGAGCCUCCAAGGAGCUGAGACAGAGAGAUGAUGUGGUGCUCAAGUUAGAGGAGGAAAAUCGAGAGCUCGAAGAUCAACUUAAAUGGAAGAAGGAGCAGUUUGGGCAUCUGGCUGAGGCUCAUGAGAAGAUCCGGCAGCAAUUUCGCGAGAGGGAGAAAGAGUGGGAGAAGGAGAAAGACACACUGUUCAAUGAGAUCUCUACAUUGCAGUUGAACUUGGAUUCCCAGAUAAGGAUUUCAGAAGGCCUUCAAACCAGAUUGCAGAUGUGUAAUCAAGCUUUAGCUCAUGAAGAAAGCAGGAGAAAAACCCUGGAAGUUCAACUCUCAGAAUCUAAAACCUGCAUUGACAAUGUUUCUGCAGAAUUCAAGGAAGCCAAGUCAAGAACCGAGAGUUUAACUAAUCAAAAGGAUCAAGAAAUUGCAAAUCUAAGAGAUGCAUUGGGCACAAGGAAUGCAACAUACAAGGAAACAGAAUACCGGUUCAGAAAGCUAGAGCAAGAGAACCGGGAAUUGAUGGCAUCCCUCAAAGAACUCCAGGAAGCUGGAAUCAACAACACUGGACAUUCUUCGUUGCCAAAACUCAGAAACAAGCUCUUUGUAUCUAGGGUCGAGUCCUUAAAUUUGAUUGAGGAAAAACAGCUUCCGUUACAGAUAGAGGUUGAUAAACUUAAAGAAACACUCAAAGAAGCAUCAACACAUCAAGUGCAUUUGAAGGAGCAGGUGCUGAAAACAAAGAGUGAAUUGAAAGAAGCAAAAGAUGCCUUGGAUAGAGCAGAUGAAGAACUAGCUGAAAGUUAUUACGAGGGAAAAGUAAUCGAAUCUGAAUUGCAAAUAUGGAGAUCUGUUGCUGAAAGGUUACAAUCUAGACUCGAUGAAAACCACCAAGUGCGGAGAGAAGUAGAAGCUUCGCUUUUUGCACAGGUGGAUGUGGAGUUUGAGCUCAGAUGGGAAAAAGAUAGGCUUGAGCACAUUCUAGCGGAUAAAGAAGAAGAAAUAAAAGAGCUCCAAGAUCAGAUUGUGUUACUGAAUGAGAAACUCAAUAUAAGGGAGACAAGGGCACUUCAAUCUCCACUCGGCAAGAAAAACUCACUGGAUAUUCACAAAGAGCUGGAGUGUUUUGAAGAAGAGUGGUUGAGAAAAGAACUCGAAAAAGCCAUUUUAGCUCAGGUAGAAGCAGAGGGAUACCAUAAGAAAGAGAAGGAAAUUCUCCACCACAAAAUACAGGAUCUCCAGAACCUCGUCAGUUUGCUGGAACUAGAAUCAGAAAAUUCAUCCAGACUUCUCGCGAUGCAGGCAGAGACUGGUAUGUUCCAGAAAACAUGGGAGACAAUCAAAGAGGUUUUGGUACUGAAAGAGAUUGAAGUCCAAGAAAAAAGUAUGAUUAAUUUGGAGCUCGAAAAUGAUUUAAACACUUUGCAACAUAAAGUUACCAACCUGACAUCUAAGCUUGAGAGGCUGCCAUGCAGUUCAGAUGUCGCGAUGGAGAAGCUUAUGGAAGAGAAAGCAAAGGCAGUGGAAGAUGUGAGGAAGCUGUCAUCCGAGAGGGAAAUAUGGCUGGAUAUGUUUAUGAGAUUGUCAAAUAGGAUAAGCCAGCUAUCCAUGGAAGACAUGGAAUUAACUAAUGAACUGGGAAGAAUCAUGCAGACUUGUGGGGCAUUCGGUCUAGACAUGAAAAGGAUCAAUAAAUUCUUUGAUCCUGCGAAAGAGAACCUGAACAUAUGCUCUUCUCCAACUAAGAAUGUUGAAGAUAGAUUGCCAUUCAGAGCUAUCAACAACUAACUGGAUGUUGUUGAUCUUGCAGGAGCUGUUUUUAUUUAGCUUCUCCUCAUCUAUCUUACAAGAUCGAGUUGAUAGUUUUUUAUCACGUUGGUUCUGUGUGCAUCAUAUUUUUCAUACAAUUUGUCUUAUCGUUAUUGUUGCCAGAAUCAUAAAUUUAUCUGUUUUUAUUUUUA